AACGUCUCUGAGUUACAAAUUAUAAUUAUUUAAUUUACAAAUCCUGUAAAAUCACAAUGCGCGCUGUAUUCUUGCUUUUGGUGAUGAGCUCUGUUGCUUGCCUUUAUUUGGCAGAAGCAGCACCGGCAGCGGAUGACGUGCAUGUACCAGCAGUCGAUGGAGAAGCCACGUUGUUCGAUGUUGAUGCCGGCGCUGGGCACGAAAACGAAUCUCCUCGGGAAGCUCGUGGCUACUAUGGACGUCGUUAUGGCGGAUAUGGAGGUUAUGGCGGAUAUGGAUAUCGCGGCUAUGGUCGUCGUUAUGGGCGCCGCUAUUAUGGUUAAAAAGAUGUUUUUGUUUUUAUGAACUUAACAAUUAUUCAAGUUGCCCGACGUUUUUGAUUUGAUUUGUAUAUAUUAGAUAAAUAUUAAUAAAAAAAUAAUUGAUUUUUCUGCACUAAAAA